CCAUUUUCAGUUCCCCUUCCCAUAUUUAGCUGAAAGCAUUUUCACAACACAGCCUAUUGCUCUCUCUACAGUAUCCUCUUUUUAACCCCCUUGGUAACUUGUUGGAGACUGGAAGUGGUAGUUAGUGUGUAUAUAUACACAAUUAGUAAAAAAUAAAAGAAAAAGAGGAAACGAAAGAAACAUCUCCCCCAUACCUUUCCUCUAUUAAUACAAUACCUACUUUGGGCUUGAACAGAAGGAAAGUAAAGGAGAGAAAGAGAGCAAAACAACAAGGUUAAACAGAAGAAGAAGAAGAAGAGAUGGGGAGGGGGAGAGUUGAGCUGAAGAGGAUUGAGAACAAGAUCAAUAGGCAAGUGACCUUCACUAAGAGAAGGAAUGGACUCUUCAAAAAGGCUUAUGAGCUCUCCAUCCUCUGCGAUGCCGAGGUUGCCCUAGUCCUCUUCUCUGGUAGAGGGAAGCUCUUUGAGUUUGGAAGCCCUUGCAUACAGAAGACAAUAGAGCAUUAUUAUAGUUAUACGUAUGCAGCUAUGGAUCCGGGCCCUGGAAAUGAACCUCAGAAUUGGUACCAGGAGUUCUCCAGAUUGAAAGGACAGUGUGCUUCUCUAGAGAGGACCCAGAGGCACUUGCUUGGAGAAGAUCUUGGACUUUUAAGUUUAAGACAAGUACAGAAAUUGGAACGACAACUUGAAUCCGCUCUGUCACAAACCAGGAAGAGGAAGACUCAACUACUGAUGGAUCAGAUGGAAGAUCUUAAGAAAAAGCUUGAGGCAGCAGAUAGCUCUGAGAGAAACACCAAAGGAUUUUGUGAAGUACCUGAUGCACCUGGAGGCAGUGCACCAUUCUCUGCUAACCCAUCUCAGCCCUAUGCCGUGGACGCUGAACCAAUUCUCGAAAUAGGGUUUCAUCACCUUGCUUCUGAUGAAGCAGCCGGACCGAGGAGCACUCUCCCAGAGAGUAAUUUUAUGCAGAACUGGGCUCUUUGGAGGGCUUAGAUACUAUUGGCAUAAUUUUAUAAGGCUUUUAUGAUCUCUACCAAGUGAUAACUGUACGGCCUCAUCUGGCUUAACUUCGUGUGCUUCGAAUAAAGCCUCGGUUUCGGAGCCAAAAACUCUGUUUGGAUUUGGUCGUUCCCAGUUUCCUACAGACAAACAGGAUAUUUGUGUGUGAUCUAUGUAUUAAUACGUUUGUAUUUCUAAACAUCGGUUCCUAUCUGUCCCGUUUGCGUGCUUUGUUCUAUUGAACUAUUGAAAAAAUGGUAAUAUAUUGAUAAUGACUAUAUAUAAUGUGUUUUGUAA